GUGCGGACUGUCUCUAGCUCCGCUCCUCUCACACUGAAACAUCCGAGACGCACCAAAGACCUGAAAUCACACGAAGGGGUAGCAAACAAGCAGAAUUAAUUCUCACAAACACAUCGAGAGAAAAAAAAAAAGAAAAAGAAAAAGAAACGAAGGAAUAUUUACGGACAAGUGGAAGGAAUACAACUUGUUGAUCAUUAUAUAUAUAUAUAUUUUUCAACUUUUUUUCCCAAAUAUCACUGGACGUUUUGCCAUCAUGAGGAUUUUCAGUGUUGUGCUCCUGCUGGUUCACGCCUUGGUGGUGUCCAGAAUGGCCAGUGGCGCAGCGGUCGACAGGUAUGAGAGCGACAGGCAGAGGCACAGAGCUGUUUUCAAGUUUUUGGACACAACCAAAGACAGGACGGCAGAGGAGGAGAGCAUAAGCGUGGGUGCGACAACGGUGGAGUAUGGUCAGGAAGGCGAGGAGGAGGGGGAGGAUUACGAUGAUGAAUAUUAUGAAGACGAUGGCAUGUCUGGGGACUCUGAACUGGAAGUGCCACAAGUUGCCAUGUCAAGCAAACCCAAAGACCCAUCUGCCAUCCUGAACGCUGAAAACACUGAAAGACAGAGAGGGAAAGGAAAGGGGAAAAAGAAGGGGAGAGGCAAGGGAAAGAAGAGGAAUCCUUGCCUGAAGAAGUAUAAGGAUUUCUGCAUUCACGGCACCUGCCAGUACCUGAGGGACAUCCGUGCCGCAUCUUGUGUGUGCCUCCCAAGUUACUCUGGGGAACGGUGUCAGUUCUUCACGCUGCCCUUGGAGAAGCCCCAGGAGGGCUACAACAGGACCACAGCUCUGGCCGUGGUGGCAGUGGUGCUGUCGUCCAUCUGCCUCACUAUCAUAGGCCUUUUAUUAUUGCUAAGGUUUCAUAAGCGGGGAGCGUAUGAUGUAGAGAAUGAAGAGAAGGUCAAACUAGGGUUAGCAUCCAACCACUGAAGAGACAAAGAGAGGCAAAGAUGCGGAAAUUCUACCUCAAAAUAGAAAAGAGAAGUGAACUGCAAAAAGAGGUCCUGGAGGGAAAAAGGAUCGUACACGUAGAAGGGAACAGUGGUUGUUGUCUGCCUGACCCUCUGCUAGACGUUCAGAUGAAAAAAAUGGGCAGCUAUUCCUUGAAGGCCUCAGAAGAAGACGGCCCGCCUGAAACUGGAAUACUAACGGCCCAGAGGAUGGACUGGAGAUGUGAUGAGCAAAUAGGUGAUAAGCACGAAGGAACGAGGAGAAGAAGAAGAAGGACACGCCUAGACUUUGUGCUGCUUCUUGUGAAAAGAGGCUGUUUCAGACUUAACUGAAUAAGAAAAGAUUUUUAACAACGAGAGCUCAACCUGGAUUUUUUUUUUUUCCUCAACAGACAGCAUUUUGUAUUUUCCUGCACAAGUCCAUCUUUUUUUGUGUACAGUAAACGGUAUAUUUAUAAUUUUAAUUUAUUUAUUUAAGCUAACUGUAUUUAUAGAGAUUUUAACCACCAUCAACAGUUUUUAAAAUAAUGAUGUUACAGUUGUUUUUAUAUUCCUUAUUGGACGAUAUUUAUUUAUGAAACAGAAAAGCAAACAAUGCAGAAGCUCAUUGAGAUAUUAAGUAUUUCAUGAAACGAGAUAUGACGCAUAAAUAUCUGAUCUCUGGCUUUCAUUUUUGGCACUCAGUAGAUGAUCAAUAGCACUGUGAUUAAUAAAUUGAUCGUUGAAUAGACAUGAUCGCUUUUUAAUUCUUCAGAGGGAGUUUCAUUGAGAGCAAUGUCUUUCAGGAAACACCCUGCUCACACUCACACAGUUACACACAUUCACACCUGGAGGCUGCCCAGCACAACCAGUUGGAUCUGUCAGCCACUGAGCAGCUCCACUGUAGAAGUGGUAGGGUUUCAGGGCCCUUGCUCAAAGGCACAUAAGCAGUGGUAAUGAGGCAGGGGAAAGCACUACUCUUUGAACCCCCGUCCACCUAUAUUUAUCCUGCAGAUUUGGGGAUCUUUAGGGCCACAUUGGGCUGAUACAGAUUAAAGACAGCAUAAAAACACAGCGUCUGUAUCGUUAACUUUUAAAAAGGGAGUCAAAUAUCUAAAGCACUGUAGCAAGAAUUUGGUAUGAAUAUGUUGUCCUGUCAUGUUGUCUUACCCUCAUUAUAGGAGAAACUCCCUCAGAUCCAUGUUCAGCUGUCAAGCAAAAAAUGUGAAUUAAAGUGUUCCACCCUUUCAAAUCCUGUCCUGUAGUUUUGAAGUGAUUGUGUUAUUUAUGUGAUUUUUUUUUUUCAGAGCAAAAUUAAAAACAAAAAAAAAGUUA